ACACGCAUGCGUACUAACGUUACAAAAGCAUACAUGGCUGAUGUCGGGCAGUCGAAUACGUUUUUCAGAUAAACGUUCGGUAGACGAAGGAGGCCGAUCCCUCAAGGGAAGUGACGAUAACAUCGGCGAGUGACCGAAAUGGCGGAUGGUGGUCGGUCUUAUAGCGAGCACGAUGACCGGUUAGGACUUUCUAUGAAGAAACGUAAAGGAAGGGGGCCCUUUAGAGCCAAAAUGUUGGGCGAAAGCUCCUACAACUAUCGGAGAGGUGGUGGUUAUGGACCGAAUCCCCGCUCUCGCUUGGAUCAUGAUGACUUGGAUACCGCUAUGAGUGAUGCUCAUGAUUCCUCGCAUUCAAGAUUCACCCCAUACAGUCGCGGAGCAAGACGUCGAGAUAAUAAACCUGGAAAUUUGAGAAGAAAACAUAAUGUAGAUUCUUCUGAUACCGCUCCCCCUAACAGAGCAGAGGCUAGUGAUGGCCGAGGGUCGUGGCACAAAAUAACGGUUCCUCACGGAAAAAAAUAUGAGAAAGACUGGUUGAUUAGCGUGUUGCAAAAUGCCUGCAGUCUACCGUUUACUCCGAUUCAGUAUCAUUGCGAUCAUUCCCGUGCUCACUUUUAUGUGGAUGAUGCUGCCACUGCCAAAGCUUUGAAAGAUAUCUCCAGGACAUGCACAGACAGAGAGAAUUUUAAGAUUACAGUCUUGACUCGCCCGUGUCUCCCUCCUGUUGCCAAGGAGUUCCAUGUCUUUAUGAAAGAUGAAGAAAUAGGACAUUUUAAGAAUUGCAUGCAGAAGAGAUAUGAUGGUGCCACUCUGGCACUGGAUAUGAAGUCUUUGAGAAGUGACUCAGACUUGGUUGCAAACAAAGUAGAUCUGAUUCUGAACAGGAGGAGCUGUAUGCAAGCCAUGCUGCAGAUUAUAGAAGAUAAUGUACCAGAGUUGUUGUCAUUGGAUAUCAGCAACAACAAAAUCUACAAACUGGAUGACAUGGCUGAAAUUCAUAACAAAGCACCUAAUUUAAAGAUCCUGCACUUGUCCAACAACAUGUUGAAGACUGAGCGGGAGCUGGAUGCAAUUAAGGGAUUGAAGCUUGAGGAACUUUGGCUUGAUGGAAACCCUCUUUGUGACAACUUCCAUGAUGAGGGAGUCUACAUCAGAGCCGUGCGUGAACGAUUUCCCAAACUAAUUCGCUUGGAUGGCCAUGAACUUCCGCCACCAAUCAUAUUUGAGGUUGAAACUCCCCUCACGCUUCCUCCAGGCAAGGGGAGCUUCUUGAGCAGCGAUGAAUUGAAAGUAUUAAUUCUACAAUUUCUGCAGCAGUAUUAUGCCUGUUAUGAUGGAGAAGAUAGACAGAGUCUGCUGAAUUUUUACCAUGAUGAAGCGUGCUGCUCCAUGAGCAUUCCCUGGCUUACGUGGCAAAACCCCACCAGGAGCAGCCUUGAACCAUAUUUCAAGGACAGCAGAAAUAUUAAGAAACUCAAAGAUCUAUCUGUCCGUAUUAAACUUCUUAAACACAAGCGCCUGAAUGUUGUUGGCUUCCUGAACGAGCUCCCAAGGACCCAACAUGACCUCAACUCAUUUGUAGUGGAUAUUGUUUCCCAGUCGAACACACUGCUUUGCUUCACUGUAAAUGGAAUUUUUAAAGUUGAUGCUCAGUCAAGUGACACUGUGUUUGCGUUUUCUCGUGUCUUUUUAGCUGUGCCUGGCAAUGAUGGAGGGCUCCUGUUGGUUAAUGAUGAACAAUUCAUAAGGAAUGCCACCACCGAAGAGAGCCACAAAGCAUUUGCUGCUCCAGCUCCCACACCAUCCAGUAGUCCUGUACCUGCCCAACCACCUGUACCUCAGGACAUGCUUCAAGCUUUUAUUCAGUUCUCGGGCAUGAAUGCAGAGUGGUCUCAGAAGUGUCUUCAGGAAAAUGCUUGGGAUUUUGAGCGGGCUGCCCAGAUUUUUAUGAAGUUUAAGGCAGAGGGGGUGAUUCCAGACGUUGCAUUUAUCAAGUAACAUCAUUCAACAUUUAUCAAUUUUUAUUAUGCUGCAUCCCUUCUGAAAACUCCUACCUGAAAUCUAAAAGUUAUGGCUACAAACUUCAUAAUGCAUAUUACCAUUGUUCUGGACCAUCUAAGCUGUUUUUUAAUUAUUAAAAUGAAAUCGCACAACCGGAUAGCCUGUGUGCAUAUGUGACAUAACCCAUUGAUGACUUCAUGUGAAAUCAAGCCAAUUUACAAUUUUGUCUCUUCAAAGGAGGAAGGUUGUGAAGUCACUGAUCUUCUUUCAAACUUCUGUUCUCUGUAUGAUUUAACAAAUGGUCAUCCUUCUCAAAUGCCUUAACCCUAUGAUGUUCACAUUCUUCCUGUUGGAUCAUUUGUGCCAGUCUCCAUGAGAAAUUUAGUCAAUAUCCCAAA